CCUCGGUUGUCGAGGUCCUCAAAUAAUAUUUCGAUUUCGAUUUCGAACCACCGUGACAUCGCCAAUCCUUCCCCAAGCUAGUCGGCCACCAUGAACAUGUCCGUGCAUCAAGUCACCUCUGAUUCAAUGGAUACGGGCCUUCGACAGGCAUGGAGGCUAUCGCAUUUGGCUCUCCAAGUGGCGCAAAGUGGUAAUCAUGUAUUCGCAGAGCGCCUCCACCGAGAGAGCCUAAAACUCAAAGAAACGCACGACCCUAGGGACGUAGUAGGAAUCGCGGUCUCAAAAAAUGCGCUUGGGGAAGCAUUGUACAGCCAGGGGAAAUAUAACGAGGCGUAUGAAGUCCUAACACAGAGCUUAGCCAUCCGGUCGGAGGUGCUACAGGGACGUGACCAUAAGUACGAUGCUGCGGUGACCAGGGAAAACCUGGCCCAAACGCUGCAAUCUAUGGGAAAAGCCCAGGAGGCUAGAGACGUAAGGGUUCGCGGAAUUGCUCUUGGUCAACUUUGCUGUUCGAAUUACAAGUGUCCCGGGCAGCUCUUCACCAGGAAUGAGCUUAAACAGUGUGGGGGAUGUGGACUGCCGCAUUAUUGCAGCGUCAACUGUCAGUAUGAUGCCAUUCUCCGAGCAUUUUGGGGAUAUUAUGGAUGGUUUUUUCCCCAUAGGUUUGAAGAUUACACUGUGGGAAGUAAAGGGCCGUAAAAAACCAUUUUUGGUCUGGUUUUUGACCAUUUACCAUUGUUUUCGUGAUAUUUUUUUCAUUGUAAAUUACAAUAUACGUUUCACGAUGCUAAAUACCAGACUCUUCCCUGCGUAAAUUACCACUCAAUUCAUGGUAUUCGAGCUGCGAUGAAUUGUACAAAGGUCAGAGGUAUGGACGGCCGGAGUUCGGUUAGUCAUCGUCGUCGAUUGACCUUGCGAGCUCGCAACUGCGAUCGAUGAUGGCCCAACAACGGGAAUGCGUACGUACCAUAGGGAAAUCGGCCACAUACUGAAGAGACCGAAGCGAGAGCGAUAAUUUGAGUGUAGUAAAAGAGGUCGGUGCCAAGGCAGCAUCCAUGUAAGCACCGCUAUCUGAGACAAGGUCAACGAGGUGACGCAUGUUCUCACAAGCGACGUUUUGUGACGUGCUCGGGGAUUUGAGUCCACAGCUACUUCAGCUCAAUAGUGAGAGUCAUGAAAUUCAAACACUCCUA